AUGGAGGAAACCACCAGCACCGCAAUCUUUUUAUUUUCCAGCCGCAUAUUUAAUAAGAGUGAUGAUGACCUAUCGAACACAAAAUGUAUGCCUGAAACUCUCUCUCUAACCCCUAUUGAUGAAGAGUAUCUCACUAUCAGCUCAACGUCUGUGACCUCACUUUCACGGGGAGGAAGCUCCGAGACACUCUCCACAACCACGGUGACCCCACAGCCACAUGUUUGUGGUCCCUUUUCAUCAUCCCUGACUGCUAGAGAGACACAUGACAGUGACAAUGAAUGGGAAGACUUGGAAGAACUAGAGGAAGAGAAGAAAGAAAAGGAAGAUUGCACUAGGGAAAUGGAGAUCUUUGUGACUUUGACAAAGUCAGAGAACAACAGUUAUGGAUUCUCUGUAGUUUUUAACAAAGUGGACACCUGCCUGUAUGUUGAUGAAAUCUUGAAUGAGCCUGCCCUAUCUGAUGGAAGACUAAGAAGGGGAGACAGAAUCAUUAUGGUGAAUGGAAUUGAUGUCACAUCUUUACCAUGCAAUGAAGUCCUGACUUUACUGCAAAGCUCUCCUCCUGAUCUGCAUCUUGUGGUUGGUCGUGCUGACAGUGAUCCACGUCCCUGUAUUAGGCCAGAUGAGAUUCCUGAAAUUACUCUCACAAAAGGUGCCAAUGGACAGCUAGGCUUGAAGCUGACAGGAGGAGCUGGAAGCAAGUUACAAGGUAUUUAUGUGCUAGAGAUAGUGCCUGGCUCUCCUGCCAGUGUGGAAGGCAGUUUGCAGCCACGAGAUCAGAUUGUUUACAUCUGUGGACUGUGGACUGAGGGCAUUAGCCUGGAUGAUGCAGUGAGAGUGUGUGAAGCUGCCACCCAGAAUGUCCAAAUCAAAGCUACAAGAAAUGGCAAUCCAGUGGUUCCUAUAGAGCAGGAAAAUAAGAAACAUUUGGAGGAAACAAACCAUGGUGCUCAGCCAAACACUCCCGAUUCUCCAGAAUGUAAGGACUUCAUUAUUAAGAUUGAACUGGAAAAAGCGGAAAAUGGAAGCCUAGGAUUUGCACUGGUAGGUGGAAGAAAUGGCAGGGCUAUCCUAAUAAAAGCCAUCAGCCCGGAUAGCAUUGCAGAUCUAGAUGGAAGGCUUCAAGUUGGUGACAUCUUACUUAAGGUGAAUGAGACUUUUGUGUCUGGCCUGCCACGCCAGACAGUUAUAGAUUUGCUGCGGAAGGCUCGAGGCACUGUUCAACUCACUGUCUGCCGAAGCAUGGCUUUGCAUUUGGCUUAUUCAGGCAAUCAGAGCAACACUAUGCCUUCCCCCCACAACACAAAAGCAGAACCUGGCAGUGCUGAGGGAAGACUGCGAGCUCAGCCUGUUCUCACUUUCAAGGAAGAAGAAGAAUCCAACCAGCUGUGCACCAAGGAUCCAGAAAGUACACACAAUUCACCUCUGCGAGGCCAGCUGGCUGGACAAGACUAUAAGGAUAUCUUUCAUAACAUUUCAAAGAGGUCACAGAAAUAUGCAGAAUGUGAAGGCUGCAGAAGAGAGAGUCAGCAGUCUGAGUCAGACAGCUGGAAUGAUGAAGAUGACGAUAUGCCCCACAGGAUUUCUGUUCUACCUAGAAGCAGAACCUUUGCUUCUGGAGACGAACUUACUCAGUUAAUUAACUUUAAACCAUCACUGACUGGAGUAGAUCCAAGGAUUGGCAUCUCAGGUCUUAUUCAAGGUCUUCAGUUGCAGAUUGAGAAUCAAGAGGUGUUAAAGGAGUUUAUGGCUUUAGAACAUGUGAAACCAACAGACGACUGCAGAACUGGCAAAGCACUGGAAAACCAGCAUAAAAAUAGAUACCGAGACAUCCUUCCAUAUGAUAAGACACGAGUUCCUCUGGGAGAAAAGAAUGGCUACAUUAAUGCAAGUUACAUUAGAAUGAAAGUUGGAGAAGAGGAACAUUUCUAUAUUAUAACCCAAGGGCCUCUUCCUUCCACUAUCGCUGAUUUCUGGCAAAUGGUCUGGGAGAGCGAAUCAGAUGUGAUUGCCAUGAUGACAAAAGAAGUGGAGCUAGGGCAAGUCAAGUGUCAUCGAUACUGGCCUGAACCUCCCCAUGACUCUAUAGACCUGGCUAAUUUUCGUCUCAGGCUAGACAGCUACCGGAUUCUGGGAUACUUCAUCAUUAGAACAAUAGAAAUGAUCAAUAAGCAGACAGAAGAGAAGCGCAUUAUAAGUCAUUUGCAGUUUACCACUUGGCCGGACAACAAUACUCCAAAACUGGCUGAGCAGCUUGUAAAAUUUAUUUGUUACAUGAGAAAAGCUCACAGUACAGGACCUAUUGUUGCUCACUGCAGCACUGGCAUUGGAAGAAGUGGAGUUUUGCUGUGUGUUGAAGUUCUGCUCAGCUAUAUAGAAAAACAUUUAUGUUUCAACAUCAAGCAGAUAGUGAGAGAUUUGAGAGAUCAGCGUUCUGGCAUGAUCCAAACUAAG